UUUCCAAUUUGUCUUUGCCGGGUCAGUUCGACAGUGAAAUGUUCUGGUUCAUUAAUGGAAUAUGUGUCGACUCUUAUCCAUUUCAAGUUUGAAAUGAGUUCCUGUCUUGGAGACCGUACAACUUAGUUAUGACAUCCCGUUCCGUUAGUCUUUGUUUAGUGCUGUAAGACACUUUUAACUUGAAAUGGAUAGGAGAUUCCCAUCACACAACUUCGGUUGCAUUACCGUGUUGUCAAUGGUGUGGACUGAAUGCUUUAUGAUGAAACAGUCCAGGAAAUUCGUAAUGCUUUUUCAUAAUACUCGAUUUUUUGCCUGGCGAAGAAACAUAGUGGUGUAGAACUUUUACCUCUAGUAUGGAUGGAGAACCGGAAACCCAUUUGCCUCUCUCAUUUUCCAAGUGUCGCCUGGCAGCUUGUCGAGGAAGGAAGUGAGAACAAGGAAAUGAGUUCAAGAGAUGGCGGUGAGAAUGGGUUGGGGCAGGGGGAUAUUAGGAAACCGCUGCUCAACACGGGGAGUUGGUAUCGGCUUAGCUCAUGGCGGUCGAGCUCGAUGGGGAUGGGAUCGUCUGCUCAGGUGAUUCGCGAGGGGGCUGUAUCCGUCAUCUUCUGUGUGCUCGUCGUUGCCCUGGGCCCCAUCCAGUUCGGUUUCACUGCCGGAUACUCAUCUCCGACACAGACGGACAUUGUCGCUGAUCUAAAUCUCAGCGUAUCAGAGUUCUCUCUGUUUGGUUCCUUGGCAAAUGUGGGUGCAAUGGUUGGGGCAAUAGCUUGCGGGCAGAUAGCAGAGUACAUGGGUCGAAAAGGGUCACUGAUGAUCGCUGCGAUCCCCAACAUCAUAGGAUGGAUCUUCAUAUCAUUUGCCAGAGACACAGCAUUCUUGUACAUGGGAAGGUUGAUCGAGGGAUUUGGCGUUGGGAUAAUAUCAUACACGGUUCCAGUAUACAUAGCUGAGAUAUCACCUCAGAAUAUGAGAGGAAGCCUUGGAGCUGUCAACCAGCUGUCAGUUACUAUCGGAAUCUUGCUCGCUUACUUGCUGGGACUAUUUGUCAACUGGAGAAUUCUUGCAGUCCUAGGAGCUCUGCCAUGCACAAUACUGAUUCCGGGCUUAUUUUUCAUCCCAGAGUCUCCUCGAUGGCUGGCUAAAAUGGGAAUGACAGAUGAAUUUGAAUCCUCUCUUCAAGUUCUACGGGGCUUUGAUGUUGAUAUCUCUAGCGAGGUGAAUGACAUCAAGAAAGCUGUCGCAUCAUCUAGCAAGAGAACCACAAUUACGUUUGCAGCUCUCAAGAGGAAACGAUACUGGUUUCCUCUAAUGAUUGGUAUAGGAUUGCUCAUUCUUCAACAGCUCACUGGCAUCAAUGGAGUUCUAUUUUAUUCCACCACGAUUUUCGAAAGUGCUGGGAUCUCAUCGAGCAAUUUGGCAACUGUUGGCCUCGGUGCAAUUCAGGUUAUUGCGACCGGUGUUGCUACUUGGUUGAUGGACAAAGCAGGACGGAGACUGCUCCUUAUCGUAUCCUCUUUGGGAAUGGCUCUAAGCUUGAUCCUGGUGUCUGUUUCAUUCUUUCUAGAGGUUGUUAUAUCAGAAGAUUCGAAAGUUUACACUUUGCUGGGAAUAUUGUCACUGGUCGGCCUCGUGGCUCUCGUGAUCUCCUACUCUCUUGGAGUAGGAGCAAUCCCCUGGCUCAUAAUGUCCGAGAUUCUCCCGGUGAGCAUUAAGGGCCUCGCAGGCAGCAUAGCAACAUUUGUGAACUGGCUAAUGUCGUGGGCCAUCACAAUGAGCGCAAACUUUCUCCUCGACUGGAGCACCGGAGGAACUUUCACAAUUUACACCGUGGUAACUGCUUUCAUGGUCGUGUUCGUCUCGCUUUGGGUCCCGGAGACCAAGGGCAGGACCCUCGAAGAGAUACAAUCGUCUUUUCGCUAAGAUGUUUCUUCGCAAGUUUUGUGCAUUCUGAUUUUUUUCUUUCUAUUUUUUUAUUGGGAAGUCCUGUGUCAGGUCCGUAUCAAGCAUCUAGUUUUUGUAUCCUCGGGACGCAAACAGAAACUCGUAAAAAUGAGCUUGGAACGUUAUCUUGAAUAUCA